AUAUGUCCGACGACAAGAAAGGUGUCGUUACUGAAGAUAUAGUAAAAAAUUUAUGCAAAGAUGGUGUGUUUUUCGAGGUAAACAGCAAUAAGAAUAAACAUACCUACGAUUAUUACGAAAAUGAGUUUUUCGACCAACCCGAGAAAGAAGAAAUGUCAGAUGAUGAUGGUUUCGAAGCUGGUGCUCCUGGUAGAUAUAAUUUCCAAGAGAUUAGUUCAUCUAUGGUAGUUAUAGACGAAGAAGGAUUGAUUAAAAAGCGUACUAUAAGAGAAGGAAGUGGGGAAAAAAUUAGUGCAGGUUGCUUUGUUGAAAUUCAUUAUAGUGGCUUUUGGGAUGGAGAAAGUAUGUCUUUCGACUCAACUUAUUUGCGUUCAGAAACUAAGAAAUUUAUAAUCGGAGGAGGUGAAGUAUUACCUGGACUCGAAGAGUCAAUCAAGACUAUGAGAGAAAAUGAAGAAGCUCAAUUUAUUAUAUCUUACAAACUAUUAUUUGGUGAGAGAGGUUGUCCACCGCGAGUCAAACCAAAAGCUGAUGCCUUAUUUAACAUCGAAGUGUUUCAUGUAAUAGAGCAUUAUAAUAUAACUAAACUCAAUAAAUCUAAAAGGCAAUCGAUUAAAUUUGAAGAGAAACUCAACUGCGCCAAAUCAUUGCAUGCAAAUGGUGUGCAAGCUUUUUCCAAAAAACAUAUAGGCACAGCAUUGAAAAUGUUUCAUCAAGCAGUCAACGUCCUACAAAAUGAUGAAGACGGCAUUACAGAUAAUAUGGAUGCCAAAACAGAGUUUUUAGUUAAACUGUUUAAUAAUUUAGCUGUAUGUUAUAACAAAGAAAAUAAGCCAUACAAAGCUUUAAAUAUGUGCGAUGAAAUAUCUAAACUAAUAGAUAUUGAAACUAACUGUAAAGCAUUGUAUCAAUAUGGAUGCGCUGUUUCCAAAUUAGGAAGAAACCAGGAAGCUUUAAAAACAUUCAAGAAGGCCCAAUUAUUAAAACCAACGGAUAUUAAUAUCCAAACGAAACUUGAAGAAACAAAAAAUGCCAUACAAAAAGAAAAUGAUCAAGAAAAAAAUAUGUGCAAAAAAAUAUUUUUGAUGGAAUCAUCAGAUAAUACUGAUGAUAAAAAGAUAUGUGAACCACAAAAACUAGUAAAUAAUCUUAUCAAUAAUAUUAAAAAACUGAAUACAUCCGAACUUUUCCAGCAAACAGAAAACACAGCUCCAAGAAACAAGGCAGCAUCUGCAGCAUUUGUAUCUGGACGUUUUUGUCAAGAAAUUAAAGACACCCUUUCGUAUUUCAAAACAUCUAAAUUAAAACAUUUAGAAUUGGCCAUGAAACUCUCUCCGUAUGAGAUAGAACAUUUAGAAAAUGAAGCAAAAAAAUUUGGAUUCCGGGUGGAAAAAAUAUCACAAAAUAAAAAUAUAUUGUGGAAAUAA